AUGCUUCGAGUAAUAUCUGAGAAAAAACAAAUAAUUAAUCAUAUUGAAAAUUUAUCAAAUGAAAUUUUCUACGAAAUAUUUGAUUAUUUAAAUGGAUGUGAUAUUUAUCAUUCAUUUUCAAACUUAAAUAUUCGUUUUCAAGAUCUUAUAACACAUUCAACUUUCUAUUUAAAAGUUCAAUUUUCAUCCGAAUCUCAAUCAAAUUUAACAAUCAAAGAUCGUUAUGAACGAUAUAUUUUACCUAAUAAACAUCAUGAUAUUGGUGCUAUCUAUCAACUUAUAUUUCAAUUACCUUUCUUAAAAUAUCUCAAAGUAGAAAUCGAUGAUUUUGAAACUACUGGUUUAACUCUUCCAAUGGCAACAAAUGAACAGUAUACAUCAAUUGAAUACUUCAUUUUCUUUCAUUAUUUAACUCUUGAUCAAUUCUGCCAUCUACUUUCUUAUACACCUCGAUUAACUCAUUUACAUUGUUUUACUAUUAUAGGUUUUGAAGAUACAAAUUCAAUCGAAAUCUUCACAAAAAUAAACAAUUUAGUUCGUUUCGAUUUAUGUAUUCAUGAUCUUUCAUGUAAUUUAUGUCAAGCAUUACUUUUAAAAUUACCGUUACAAUUAAAAAUAUUAAGUGUGAUUGUAUUUGAUAAAGAUAAACGUUAUCUAGAUGCAAACCGAUGGGAAGAAUUAAUUCGAAAGAAUAUGCCGAACUUAGAAAGAUUUACUUUGUCUUGGCACGAAAAUAUGGAUAAAAGUUUUCAAAUAACUGAUUAUCAUAAAACAAUUCCGAAUUAUUUCUUACCGUUUUGGAUGGAAAAAGAAUGGAUAUUUCGAAUUGUAGUUAGGGAUGUUAAAAUUGAUUAUGCGAUUGUUCCUCAUAGUCAAAAAUUUUAUGAUUUUGAAGAACAUUUAUCUUAUGACAGAAAUUCUUGUCCUGGUGUGAAUUUAAAUAUAACUAAUUUGAAUAAAAACCAAGUUUAUAUUAAUCGACUUAAUAGUUUAUUUAAUAUUAUUAAUGUUACUCGACUAGUAAUUAAAUGUUCGAUCGAUUCUAUGAAAGCAUUUAUUAAAAUUCUUAAGUUAUUACCAAAUUUAAUAAUGUUACGUGUGACACUUUUAACACAUCCAGACGAAUUUCUUGAUGCUAAAAAAGAUAUGAUUGAACUUCGUCGAUGUGUGAAAAACAGUAAGAUUACAAAUGUAACAAUAGUAAAUAUAGAAGAUAGUGAUUAUGUGGAUUUUAUUAUUGAUCUUUUUCCACAAAUGAAAUCAUUUUCAAUACAAAUAAUUGCAAAUUCUGAUCUUUUAUUAGUUGCUAAGUGGAUAUUAUACAGAAUCAAAAUGAAUAAAAUGUCUCAUCCAAUGAAAGUUUGUAUUCAGGUCAAUGAGGGAACAAAUGAUCUGAUUGAAAAAUUAUAUGAAAUGAUUGAUUCGAAGAAAUUAUUGAAGAAUUAUACAGUCUUUCGAAAAUUAGAUAUAUUUUAUAUUCAAUGGAACUAA